GAGCUGUGUGGAGAAACGACCCUGUGUUGCCUCCUUUUACCUCAAACUUUGCUUUAAAAAAGGGUCACUUUUUAAAACCGACCCCGGGGAGCCUGUGAGCUCGAGUCCCUUUCCUCAAAUUUCUACUGGGUAAUGAACUGAAUCCAUUAAAAUGGAAAGCAAUCCAUUUCCAGAAGCAUCUUCCUCAUUGAUCUUUGGAGAUAUUAAAAGACGUGUUGGGGGGAAGAAGAAUGGAUCUCUAAAAGCUGGGAAGCUGAAUGCUUCUCUUGCAUGUAAAAUCAAAACUAAGAUAAGAAGCAACUCUUCACUUUUUAAGAUUUCUUUGAAACACAAUAAUAAGGCUCUGGCCAUGGCCCUCAGCGCAGAGAAAGAAAAUUCUAGGAAGCUAAAAAAUGAAAAGCUCUUAUUACAGAAAGAAGUGGAUGAGCUGCAUUUGCAGAAUGUCUUACUGCGCCAAAAGCUGAAUCGCCUGAAUAAAAUUCUCAUAGAACUGGAAGCAUUCGUGAAUAAUAACAUUUCAACUGCAAUUGAAAUGAGCACUCUUUCAGAGCAUAUUCAAAAACCCUUAGCAAUGGAAAAAGACCACUGCAACAGUUCUGGUCAAAAGCCUGAGAUUACUGAUCAACCAAUUAGAACUAUCAGGCAACAUGUGAGCACUCAGACUGAAGAACAUGAUGGAAAUCAGCAAAAUAACAUAUCAUUCUGUGUACCUGAUGAUCUUGUUACAUCAAAGGAAACUGCAGCAGAUCACAUCAAUGCAGAGUUAUUUGUGUCUGAAAAAAAUAUAUCAAAAUCAAGUGAAACAAAUAAAAUAGAAACAGUAUUUAUCGCAAAUAAAUUUACAAAAGAAAAUCCAUCAUGUAUGGAUCAGAUGUCUAGUAGGACCUUUAAGCUGGAUCUGGAUAAUGCAUCUUCUGUAGAAAAAUAUGAAAGACAAUCAAAAGCACACAGUAGUCCUUUUCUAAUCCAUAGAUAUGUGACUGAACGGAAGAAACAAGGACUGUCCUGCACAUCAAAUAUUCAGUCUACUAUAAACAAUUUUGAGAGUAAAACAGAGCAAAAUACCAUACUGUAUUGUGACACUGACAAAGUUCACACUAUUGGUCAGAUGGCCCCAAAAGAUGUUUCUUGCACUAAAUCAUCUCAAGCAAGAAAGGAGCCUGAUCACACCGAUAAACUAUGUUUUAUAAAUGGUAAAAAGCCAGAAGAAACUGUAUAUGAUGCUGACAUGGAAUUGACUGCUAGUGAACUAGGUGAGAUACUCUUAAUUAAAUCAAAAGCCAAGGUUGAGAACACUAAAAUAGUAAAAACUGAUAAAAUUUCAGCAAAUUUGAGAAAAGUGAAAACUAAAAGUACAGAAAAACAGAUUGAGGAUAAAUAUAACAUUAAACCUAAAAAAUGUAACGAGAAAGUUCCUAGUAAUGGAAAAGUUAAAGAUAUUGAUAUUGUUGAAUCUAAAAAUGUUCUACCACCAGAAAAAGGAUUGUUUCAAAUGAGAAAUGAUCAGCAAAUGAAACUGAAGAACACCAAUAAACUUGGAGAAGAUUUCAAAAACUGUAACAAGAAUGACAAACAGGUG